UCACUCUUGUUGCAUACAAACACACAAGCCAACUAAGGCUAGCUAGCAGUUGUAGAAGUUGUAGCAGCCGUGGCCAUUGCAAACCUUAGCUUUCUAAUUUUGCUUGAAGGAAGCAUUUCUUUGAGGGGCUAGCUGGCCGUAAUUAAGGCCGGCAUGAUGAGUGAAUCAGAUUGGACGGAAGAGCUGAACAACGUGUUCGAGCAGGCUCUGGCUAUCUACGAGGACGGCACGCCGGAUCGCUGGCAGAAGGUGGCGCGGGCGGUAGGAGGCGGCAGGUCGGCUGAGGAUAUGAUACGGCAUUACGAGUAUCUGCAACGAGACGUUCACCACAUUGAAACUACCCCCCAGCCUGGCGAGAGCAGCAGCAGCAGGUCCAAGGCCAGCGGUUCCGGAAGCAGCAGCAAGGAGAAGAGGUACCCCAAGCCCCAGUGAUCGCUGGGCUGGUGCAAGGACCUCCGAUGAAUAAACCAGUGUUACCCUAUCUACAAUAGAUACAUAUGACCCCAUUGUGAUGUUGUCCUGUCCUGGAGCUACUAAAGUAGCCAGCGCUCUCCGAUGAUGAUGACGACGACCAGAAAGAAGUCUCGGACAUAAUCAAGUCCCGCAUCGGAGCUGUAUCUUUCGUAUAUUUUGUACCCAUUGUCUACGUGUAUGUGUCCCACCACGAGCCUUGUCCCCCAGCUACGGGUGUUUGUAUGUCGACGCUGUGUUGUGUAAUGAGAUUUCCAGUCUAUCGGUGAUUUAUUGCAGGUGCUGACUUCCCUGCACUC